AUGGCCAAGCAAUCUGUUUAUGCCGAUGGAGAACAAGUCAAGGCCAUUCAAGCUGUAGCUCGGAAGCAAGAGGUUACUGUCAGCAUCGGAAUAUCCGAAAAGGUUCGAUACAGUAGCGUGACCAUGUUCAACGCCAAUCUCAUCAUCGGAGUUACUGGCGAAAUCCUCGUCCAUCACCGCAAGCUUGUUCCUACUUUCUACGAGAAGUUGGCUUGGACCCUGGAGAUGGCCAAGGACUUAAAGUGGCGUACCUACCUGUCCAGGGUCCAGACGGAACGGAGCAUGUCAAGAUUGGGUGUCAACAUCUACAUUUCCUCAUGGCCGUCCAAAUCUAUCAUGCGUGUUAUAACAGGAGAGGGCGCGGAUGUCAAGACCACAGGUUCCAAAUUCGGCCGGUGGGACCCCGUCCAUAUGAAUCGCCUCCGGGCUGGGUCGGCGUGUGUUGAGGGCAAGUGCUUCGGGGUCAUCAGUUCCGCAUUCAUGUCGUCUGAAAACGUCGAAUCCCUUGUCUCUUUGGCUCCCGACCACGCGAGACAGACGAUGCGGCUCACGUUAGAUAACGCCGAUCAAGCCGAAACGACUUUCUUGGAUCCCUCGGGACUUGUGAUUGGAGGUUUCACGAUUGACAAGGCCACUAGAGCUAGAAAAGACACGGAAGCCCUGCGCAAUGAAGAGGGCAUCCUGUAUGCAGAUCUAGACAUGGGCGCUAUAAUAGAGGGAAAGCAGUAUCACGCUCACCGGCAUGUAUCAAAGGUGCGAUGUUUUCACUUUGGAGGUCAACACAGAGAGAAAAUGCCCGGUCAAGUUCCAUGGCCCCUAAUUCAGGUUACGAGCUUCCAACAGUUAACCAUAACCACAAAAUACUGUUGGUUGAUUAUAGAAUACAUGCGGUCAAGCUCACUCACAGAAGAACCGUUCAUCGAUCGUGCAAUGGUCAAAUCCCCUUGCCGGUGUGAAUUGCUGCGACGGUGGACGGAACAAACGCCACCAUUCUUGGUACUGCCGAGAGAUCCGGAUAUUGAAGAUUGA